AUGGGGAUUUCUAAAUUCUGGUUUCCUACGAAGCGGAAAAUGUUUCUUCUAUUGGUUUUUCUUUUAAUUUUUAUGGUUUUUGAAGUUCUCUUUUUUGGAGAAAUUAAUCUAAUCCCGGAUGAAUGGUAUGAAUCAACAAAUUUUUCUUCAUGUGAUCUUCCCUUUAAUAUGGAUCCUUAUGAUCCAAUAAUUGAAGUUUUCAUGCGACGAGAAGAUCAUUUUAUUAAUUGUAGUAAAUCAAAUAAUGGAAAACCGAAUUCUUUGUACAAUAUUAAUGAUGGAAAAUCUUUAUCACAUAUGAAUGAUGUGGAUGGAAUUGUUCGUAUUUUUCGUAUUCGAGAGCACAAGGAGUCACUAACGUGCUUUUAUCAACAGUUUGAUCGAGAUGGUGAUUCCGACAACAAGAUCAAGUAUUUUGAUUGGAAACCGAUAAUUGGACAUAAAUUAGAUUUGGAAAAACUUGGAAUCGAAUUUGUUAUAAUCAAAUGUUUUCUCGUGUCUGUUAAAUUAGUUUAUACUAAUAUUCAUUCAUGGCCAAGUCGAGUUCCAAGUUCAUCAUCAUUAAGAAUUGUUAAUAAUUCCUCUUCAAUUUUCUCUUCUUCUGCAUUAACAACAUACGAAAAUCAUACAAAUAAUUUGAUUAAUAAUCGAUCUACAAAACCUUCAGUGAUGUUUCUAAUAAUCGAAUCGAUGUCUUACCUUAAUUACAAACGAUUCAUGUCAAAAACGGAAUUCGCUUUAUCCAAAUUAUCGAAUUUCUUUAUUCUCAGAGGAUUGAAUAAACUCGGAGAAAAUUCAUAUCCAAACAUGAUGCCACUUCUAUCAGGUCACCGUCCAAACUACGAGAAUUGGCCUUUCAAUUUGUCCAGUGAAAAAGGUCCAUUCGAUGAAGUACCGUUCAUAUGGAAAGAUUUUAAAGCUAAAAAUUACACCACUGGCUAUAUUGAAGAUCAUCCAAUAAUUGCAUUAAUGAAUUUCAUUGCUAAAGGAUUCCGUAAGCCCCCCGUUGAUUGGUAUCCUAGGCCAUAUUGGUUAGUUAUGGAUAAACUUCAAGGUUCCAAAUUCCGUGACAUUUGUUAUAGAAAACCGAAAAUCGUUUAUUGGUUGAAACAAGUGAAACAAUUUCUCAACAAAGCAACGAAGUCAAAUUUACCUUUUUUCCUUUGGUCGUUUUAUAUUCGCGUUACACAUGAUGAUUUUAAUAUGGCUCAAUCGAUCGAUGGACAUAUUGCUGAUUUUAUUGAUUCUUAUCGUUCUAUUCUUGAUGAUACGAUUUUCAUACUAAUGGGAGAUCAUGGUAAUCGGUUAGGACCUUCAUUAAGAACUGCAUAUGGUCAAAUAGAAACUCGAAUGCCUCUUUUUGGUAUUCAUAUUCCACCUAAACUAUUAUCAGAACAUAAACAUUUGUCCGAAUAUUUAAAGAAAAACGAGAAAAAGUUGACCACUUGGUUAGAUGUUCGAGAAAUACUAAAAGACAUAGUAGCUGGUCAAUAUACUCCAAUUGUAUCUUCUUCUAAAAGAAAAGCUUAUUCUGUUUGGCGAGAAGAGGUUCCAUCGAAUAGAACUUGUCAAGAUGCUCUAAUUCCAAUGGAGUUUUGUUUAUGCUCGAAAAAACAUAUUAUACCAAUCAAUUCAGCGUUCGCACGACAUUUAGCUUCCGUUGUGAUAGAUCAUCUCAAUCAACUUCUAUCCAAGUAUAUUGACAAUAAUAUUUGUCUUCCAUUGUUUCUUAAAAAGAUUCAAAGUCUCAAGAAUUUAGAUCUAAAUGAAAACAAUCCUAUCAAUCGAUCUGAAAUAACAUUAUCUGUUCAUCCAUCUAAUGGUACUUUCCAAGCGCUUUUAUAUCAAACAGUAGACACAACAGAUGACCGUUGGUCGGUGGAAGGAGAUAUUUCAAGAAUAGAUGUUUAUGGAAGUCAAUCGAUUUGUAUUAAUGAUAAAAUCCUAAGAAAAUAUUGUUACUGUCGAAUACAAUUGAGGCCUGUUCAGAAGACCAUUGGACGAUUAUAGAUAAAAAAAAAUG